AUGGCGUCCCGGCGGUUAGCUCUCAACCUCACCCAGGGACUGCGCAACCGCGCUGCCCUCAACACUGUCGCCCCGUUGAGAAGAGGCUUUGCGACGCCCGUGGUGAAAAAUGGCGUGAAGACGGAAUCAACGACCCUGUCCAACGGCCUCACGAUUGCUACAGAGCAUUCGCCAUGGGCACAAACAUCGACCGUUGGUGUUUGGAUUGAUGCUGGUUCCCGAGCAGAGACAGACAAGACCAAUGGCACAGCUCAUUUCCUUGAGCAUCUGGCCUUCAAGGGUACCAGCAACCGAACACAACAACAAUUGGAGCUGGAAAUCGAGAAUAUGGGUGGUCACUUGAAUGCGUACACAUCUCGUGAAAACACUGUGUACUACGCCAAAGCCUUCAAUGCCGAUGUACCCGCGACCGUCAACAUCCUCUCCGAUAUCCUCACAAACUCCAAACUCGAGCCCCAAGCAAUUGAGCGAGAGCGCGAUGUAAUCCUAAGAGAGUCAGAGGAGGUCGAUAAGCAAUUGGAGGAAGUUGUCUUCGAUCACCUACACGCAACUGCUUUCCAAGGUCAACCACUAGGACGAACAAUUCUGGGACCGGCCGAGAACAUUCAGAGUAUUCAACGCGAGGAUUUGGUCAACUAUAUCAAGACAAACUACACUGCUGAUCGCAUGGUUCUUGUCGGUGCUGGUGGUGUUCCCCAUGACCAGCUCGUUGAGCUUGCUGAGAAGCAUUUCUCCGGUCUUUCAAGCGACAGCUCUGCUUCCCUUGCUCCAAAGCGAAAGCCAGAAUUUAUUGGUUCUGAGGUCCGAAUCCGUGAUGAUACCAUCCCAACUGCGAACAUUGCUAUUGCUGUCGAGGGUGUUAGCUGGAAAGAUGACGACUACUUCACUGCUUUGGUUACACAAGCUAUUGUCGGUAACUGGGAUAAAGCAAUGGGCAAUGCUCCUCAUAUGGGAAGCAAGCUCAGUGGUUUCGUCCACAAGAACGAUCUGGCCAACAGCUUCAUGAGCUUCUCCACAAGUUACAGCGAUACUGGUCUCUGGGGUAUCUAUCUCGUCACCGACAAGCUCACCCGAAUCGAUGAUCUUGUUCACUUCACACUCCGCGAAUGGUCCCGAUUAUCAUAUAACGUCACAGACGCCGAGGUUGAGCGAGCUAAGGCUCAGUUGAAGGCAUCUAUUCUCCUCUCACUGGAUGGCACAACCGCUGUUGCCGAAGAUAUUGGACGACAAAUCAUCACAACUGGCCGUCGUAUGGGACCAGAGGAGAUUGAGCGCGUCAUUGGAGCAAUCACAGAGAAGGACGUUAUGAGCUUUGCGCAAAGAAAGCUAUGGGACCAGGACGUUGCAGUUAGUGCUAUUGGAAGCAUUGAGGGUCUGUUGGAUUACAACAGAAUUCGGAACGACAUGAGCAGGAACGCAUAA